ACCUCGAGCAGCGUAAAUCCCACUUUGGCGUUUUAAAACAGACCAAACGUCAACAACGACCGAGAGAAAACCAAAAAACUGCGAAAAUUUCCAACCGUCGCUGUUUACAAGUGAUUUUUGGGGAAAAAACUGGAAAUACUGUUGAAUUGCCCCUUAAAAGUAGUGAAAUCCGUGUGCCAUAAACCGACCGAUUGUUGUGCUUAGUUUCAAGUUUUGGUUGGUGAAAAUCCGCUCUCAAACAGUGACAGUGCUCCGGGACCCGGCGUCCAGAAAAGUAAAGUAAAAGGCGAAACCAUGUCCACGAGGGCCCGGCGUGCCGCUACCAAGGCUCCCAUCGUGAUCGAAUCCGACACGGAGUCGGAACCGGAGGACAGCGAUCCAGAGGGAAUCUUCUCGAGCCCGGACCAACCGAAGAAGGUCAAAAGGGCGCCGAAGAGGCCAAGAGCUGCCGGGAGCGAUGAUUCCGACUUUGACGAGAGUAAAGUGGCUGAAUUGAAGCAUCCUGUAAAAAGGAAAGCGUUGGUCAAAGAGGCAGAAAGUCCAGCUAAAAAGCCGAAAGCUGAACCUAAGCCCAAAGCAGUGAGGAAACCAAGAGAGCCCAAAGCUCCAAAGGCGCCCAAAGAGCCCAAGGCUCCAAAGGUUCCAAAGGAACCGAAGGCCCCAAAAGCUCCGAAAGCUCCCAGAACAACGACGGGUGUGAAGCGCAGUCGAAAAAAGGCUGAGACUGCGCCCGAAGAACCGACUGAGGAAAUCGUCACAGAAGUUAAGAUUGAAGAGAAGCCGGAGGAUGUUAAAAUGCCAUUGGACUCUUCUCUGGAGAUCAUGGCUCCGGAGCUUCCGAUCAAGCCAGAACCGGUUCCAGUCAAACACGAGAUCGCCGACGAAGUCGAUACCAGGCCAAAGUACAAGAAGCGAGUUAGCAUGACGGUCCGAGACCAGUGGGAUGAUUACGAGCUUCUAGCGGAAAUGCAAAAUAUCGACCGGAGAACGGCCCGGACCAUUAUCAAAUUGUUUGAGGAGGAGAACACGAUUCCCUUCAUCUGUCGGUACCGGAAGGAGCUGAUCGGAGACAUGACUCCGGACGAUUUGCGAGACGUUAAGCUGGCGUACAAUCAGAUCUUGUCCAUCAAGUCCAAAGCCGACACCAUCAUUAAGAAUCUGGAGAAGGAAGAGAAGCUUACCGAAGAUAUUAAACAGGAUCUGCUGUGCGCCAAAAGCAUCGACGAACUGGACCACAUGUACGCUCCGUUCAAACCGGCCAAUAAGGGCUCGCUGGCUGACCGAGCGAAAGCACUCGGUUUGGACAGCUUUGCGGAGGGUAUUCUCAUUGGAAGUCUUCCGCAGAUUGAUUUGCCGGAACUGGUGAAACCGGAAGUGGAAGGACUGGAAACUGUGGAAAAGGUGGAGGAAGGUAUCAAGCAUCUGAUGGCGCACAACUUUAGCAAGAAUACGGCGGUUCUGGAGGAAAUUAGAAGACUCAUUUCAAAAUACGACAUUGUCCUAAGCUCCACUCAAAUAACCAAAACGCGAAAGGCCGAAGAAAAGGACGAAUCCAACAACAACGGUAAAGGGGCGGGCGGUAUGAAACGGAUUCCCAAAAAGGUGGACGAACACAAGUUCGAGCAUUACUUCAGCUUCACCUGCUGCACCAAGUAUCUGCGACCGCACCAGAUUAUGGCGCUCAAUCGGGGCGAGAACCAGAAGGUGCUCAGUAUUAAGCUACAGUUUAAGGACAACGUCAAGGGAGACCUGUACUGGUUUCUGAAGAAGGAGUACCUCCAGGAGGGAACGGCCUCCCGCAAGCGGACGGAAUUGUUCGAGGCUUCGUUCGACGAGGCGUUUACCAAAAAGUUGGUACCAUUGAUGAGCCGCACAGUUCGAUCGGAGCUGACCAAGCGUGCGGAGAAAGCCUCCGUCGAAGUUUUUGCCAACAAUCUCAAACAGCUGCUGCUCACCGCCCCCGUCAAGGGCGAGAAGAUCCUGGGCAUCGAUCCGGGUUUCAGCAACGGCUGCAAGCUAGCCCUCAUCUCGGAAUGCGGCGACCUGCUGGACACGGCCACCAUCUAUCCCCACAUCGGUGGCGAACGGUCCAAGGUUGCUCCGGGCAUUUUGGCCAACAUGAUGCGAAAGCAUAGCUGUGCGUUGAUUGCCCUGGGUAACGGAACAGCUUGCCGAGAAACCGAAUCCAUGCUUUCGUACAUGAUGGAAGAAGGGAUCCUGGAUAAGCGAUUCGUCCGGUAUAGCAUCGUUCCGGAACAGGGAGCAUCCAUCUACUCGUGUAGUGAGGUCGCCAAAAAGGAAUUCCCCAAAAUGGACGUUAAUUUGAUCAGCGCUGUAUCAAUCGCCCGCCGACUGCAGGACCCCCUGUGCGAGUACGUUAAGAUAGAGCCCAAGCAUCUCGGCAUCGGGAUGUACCAGCAUGACAUCAAUGAGAAAUCUCUCUCGGAAACCCUGGACGAAGUGGUGAUGGAGUGCGUGUCCUUCGUUGGCGUAGACAUCAACACCGCCUCCGUUAGCCUGCUGAGUCACGUGUCUGGAUUGACUGCCAAACGAGCCGAACAUAUCGUUUUGCAUCGAACCAAAAAUGGACCCUUCCGUAGUCGAGAACAACUGCUCAAGGUGAAGUUCAUUGGCGACAAAACCUUCACCCAAUGCGCCGGUUUCAUUCGCAUCGAACCGCUGACGGCCGGCAUUCGAGAUUACAAUCUGCUGGAUUCCACGUGGGUACAUCCGGAGAGUUACGCUCUGGCCGAAAGCAUCAUCACUAAAGCCGGCCUUUCCAACAAGGACAUUGGCCGCGUAGAUUUCAUCCUUGGAAUCCGAGACUUUGCCUAUCGUACCCCGAAAAGCGCAUUGCCAGGCAUGUUCAACCAGACCAUCGAACGGAUCGAAUGCGUCCUGUCCGCGCUGCAGCGGGAACUCCUCAGAGAUUACCGAGCUGACAUCAAUAAGCCGCCGAUGUUCAAGAAGGGGCUAACCUCGAUGUCGGACUUGGCCGAAGGAACCGUCCUAACCGGAGCGGUGAACAAUGUGACCGAUUUCGGUGCAUUCGUCGACAUCGGCGUAGAGAACAAUGGACUGAUUCAUCGAAGCAAGAUGAACGGAAUGCGUGUGAACAUUGGAGACCAGGUGGAAGUGACGGUCUUGUCGAUUGACGUUGGCAAAGGGCGGUUAGGGCUGAAGCUGGAAAAGAUUCUGUAGGCGCGCAAACCGUAAGUAGAUAUUGAACGCAUCGUGACUCAACAAGUAGGUGUUUAGUAAUAGGACUCGCAUUUUGUAACAUUGAUCAGGCAAAAAUGUUCGUUUGUUGUUGCAGUGUAGUAGAGAA